AUGGUGGACCUGCCCAAAGAAGUUCAUGCUGACAUAAAUGUCUACAGUGUGAAAAUGGACAACAUAAGACCUAGCAAUGAUGCCCAGCUCCUGCAGGUACAACUGAAAAGACACAUCAGAUUCAAAGGAUACCAACACUUCUACACUGUGAACAUGAAGAAUGUGUUAGCAGGCUUAUCAAAGCUAAAAGAGGUGCAUUCAGAAUACAAAGAUGUACAUAUUGAUGAUGACGCUACUUUUGCUGAUCCCACAAAUAAUCAGAUAAUCGAGACGGAACAUGACACUGCUGAUGCAGAUAUUCAAGAUGCACUGCCCAGAAACUUCGACAAACAAAUUGUACCAGAAAGAAGAACCACUGAGGAUACAACAGCUGGAAUACUUGAGCCAUGUCAUGAUGUAAACGAACUAUUGGAGCCUGAACAGUCAAAUGGAGAGCCCUUACAAGAUACGGAGAAAGAAAAGGAAGAACUUCGCCCUGGUCUUGUUCUAGACACCUGUAUGCAACCACCAGAUAUAGCACAGGACAUUUUAUCAUAUGGUGAAGGAAUAUUUAGCAUUGCACCCGCCCAAGGAAAUAGACCUGUUGGCUUCUUCUCUGUUCCUAAACUUGAAGCCAUGGCCUUUCCUGUGCAGUUCCCAACUGGACAGAACACAUUAGAUGAAGCCAGACAAGUCAAACUGUCCCCAAGCAUGUAUUUUAAUACACGGCUGUUCUCUGCAGAUACACGGUUUGCAACUGACCAAAGCUACCUAUUCUUUGCACAGUUUGUAACAGAAACACACAUGGCUACAAACAGCAUGUCCAUCCAAUUGCGCAAAGGUAAGGCAAUCACCAAGGAUGGACGUAGAAUUUGUAACAGAAUGCUUCAAAAUAAAGACAAAGUGGAGAGACUGAUAAAUAACAAAGAUGCAACACGCUUCAUGAAACCUCUGAGAGGUACUCCAGCCUAUUGGGAGAAGGCACUGAAAGAUCUCCAUGCUAUGGUCAGACAGUUAGGAAAGCCAACUUUUUUCCUGACAUUUUCAGCUGCUGAAAUGAGAUGGCCUGAGGUUGUUGAGGUCAUAAAAACUCAACAAGGUGAACAAGUGGAUUUUUCACAACUUGACUGGAACACAAAGUGUGAAAUUCUCCGAAGCAACCCUGUGACUGUGAUGCGAUUGUUUGAUAAAAGAGUCGAUGCACUAAUGACAACACUAAUCCUGUCCCCAGCACAGCCCAUCGGUGAAGUAGAAGAUUACUUUUAUCGAGUGGAGUUUCAGGCCAGAGGUAGCCCUCAUAUCCAUUUACUGGUUUGGGUCAAAGAUGCACCUAAAUUUGGAAGCGACCUUGAAGACCACGUGAACAAAUUUAUUGACAAGUACAUAACAUGUAAGAUGCCUGACCAAAAUGCCGAUCCUGAACUUCACAAAAUUGUGUCUGAGGUUCAAGUCCACAGCAGAAAUCACUCCAGAUCCUGUAAAAAAGGUAAUGUGUCAUGUAGGUUUGGGUUCCCCAAACUACCCGUAGACCAAACAAUGAUCACUUUCCCAAGCCCAGAUGAUGACCAUGAUCACAAUGAUGAGCGGCAUAGCACAAAUCUGCUGAGGGCCUGGAAUGCGAACAUGGACAUCCAAUAUGUCAUUGAUGACUACAGCUGCCUGAUGUACAUGAUGUCUUAUGUCUCUAAACCCGAAUUUGAGAUGAAACAAUUUCUUAAUGGAGUCAUCCAGGAGGUUGCAGAGCAUGGCACCAGAUGA